AUGCUGGAGUUGGCAUGGGGCUGGUUGACAUUCUGCAUGUUGUCUUCCUCACUCGAAGCGUUGCAACCUGCAAUUCAGCAGUUGGAGGAGUGGAAAAUUGAUGCUCCGCGCCUUGACCGCUACCGCUAUCCAAACCUCAGGCACUGCGACAACUUUUGCCAGUCUCUCUUGGAAAAGCUGAUCGAGAAAGAUGCCUUCAACCCGGUGAUUCUGAGAGCGCUGCAGCCCUUGAUGCAAUCAGACACGCAGAAAAAGCUGUGCUGGAAGCAAUUGAUUGGAUGCCUCAGAAAGUUGAAGAAAAGUGGAGGCCAGAACCUGGUUCGAAAGGCCCUAGAUAUCCAAGAGCUCGUUAGCCUUGCAGCGAACGCUAGAGGCUGCCCUGUAGAAAAUGCCCGUCGAACUCUGGAAUCUGAGUGUUGA